CUUAUCUUUCUAAAAGUUUUGUGACUGGAUAUUUUGUGUUACUGAGGAUUUGGUGACUUUUUGAAGGCGGGCUCGCUUUUCCAAGAUGGUGCACCUAAGAAGUAUGCUGCUGGGAGUCCUGAUUGCGGUGACGUUGGCUACAGCCACGCCCCGCAAGCACAAUAAACGUGACGCACCGUUGAGUUCAUCUUACGGAGCUCCGGGGAUUGGGGGAGGAGGUGGUGGUGGCGGCGGUGGUUUCGGAGGACCAUCUUCAUCGUACGGCGCCCCAAGACCCUCAUCCAAAUACGGAGCUCCUUCAAGACCUUCAAGCAGCUACGGUGCACCGUCUCGCCCGUCUUCGAGCUACGGUGCCCCAUCCAAACCAUCUGGAUCUUACGGAGUACCUAGGCCACCAGCAACUAGUUAUGGUGUGCCAACUGGACCGUCGACCACCUACGGAGCUCCUAAAAAGCCAUCGGGCUCCUAUGGAGUCCCUUCAAGCUCUUACGGUGCUCCAUCUGGAUCAUUUGGGGGCGGUGGUGGAGGAAUUUCAUCAUCUUAUGGAGCACCUUCACAUGGAGGUAGCGGCGGUGGUGGAGGAAUCUCGUCUUCUUAUGGAGCACCUUCUCAUGGCGGAAGCGGUGGUGGCGGUGGAAUCUCAUCUUCUUAUGGAGCACCCGGACAUGGUGGUAGCGGCGGCGGCGGCGGCGGCGGAAUAUCGUCUUCUUAUGGCGCACCUUCACACGGAGGAAGCGGUGGUGGCGGAGGGAUCUCAUCUUCUUAUGGAGCACCUUCUCAUGGCGGAAGCGGUGGUGGCGGAGGAAUUUCAUCUUCUUAUGGAGCACCCGGACAUGGUGGUAGCGGCGGCGGUGGCGGAAUUUCUUCUUCCUAUGGAGCGCCAUCACAUGGUGGAAGCAGCGGUGGUGGAGGAAUUUCAUCUUCAUACGGAGCCCCCGGACAUGGCGGUAGCGGCGGUGGUGGAGGUAUAUCUUCGUCGUAUGGAGCGCCCAGUCACGGAGGAAGCGGCGGAGGUGGUGGAGGCGGCGGCGGUGGGAUCUCUUCAUCUUACGGCGCCCCUAGCUUUGGAUCGUCUGGCUCUGGCUCGUUCGGAGGAUCGGGAGGAGGUAUUUCAUCUUCUUACGGCGCUCCUGGACACGGCUCAAGUGGAGGCGGCGGUGGAAUAUCAUCCUCAUAUGGUGCACCGUCUAGUUCGUACGGGGCACCUUCGUUUGGUUCAUCUGGUGGUGGAGGAUCAUUCGGUUCGUCUGGUUCAGGUGUAUCUUCGUCUUACGGUGUUCCUUCGUCCGGUUCAGGUGGAUCAUUUGGUUCUGGAGGUGGAAUCUCUAGUUCAUACGGAGCGCCAUCAUUUGGUUCAGGAUCUCAUGGUGGAGGUGGAAGUGGACCCUCUAGCUCGUAUGGUGCGCCUUUAUCCUCUGGCGGAGGUGGUUCAGGAUUCGGCGGCUCUGGUUUUGGAAGCAGUGGGCCAUCUUCAAGCUAUGGUGCACCCGCUGCAGUGCCUUCAAGCAGUUAUGGAGCGCCUAGCGGCGGCGGUGGAGGACAUGGCUCAGGUGGUUACUCCUCAGGUGGUUCAGGAGGUGGUUAUAGUUCCGGUGGUUCUGGAGGAUAUUCAUCUGGCGGAGGUCACUCUAGCGGCGGUGGCGGAUACUCUUCUGGGGGCUCUGGAGGCUACUCCUCGGGGGGUGGGCAUGGGUCUGGUGGAUACUCCUCCGGCGGUUCAGGGGGUGGGUAUUCUUCGGGAGGUUCAGGAGGAGGGUACAGUUCUGGAUCAGGUGGAUACAGUUCUGGAGCAUCUGGCGGUUAUUCCUCAGGAGGUGGACAUGGAUCUGGUGGAUAUUCUUCCGGCGGUUCUGGCGGCGGUUAUAGCUCUGGUGGUUCCGGAGGCUAUAGCUCAGGUGGCGGAUACUCCUCAGGAGGAGGUGGAGGAGGAGGUCAUGGAUCAGGGGGCUACCCAGCAGCCGUACCAGCCACUAUCAGCCAAAGUUACGAUUCCAGUGGUGGGUAUGCUUAUUAAGACUAAGUUUCCAUUUCUGACUCAAUUUAGUGUUGGAUAUAAGUGGAUUGCGUAGGUCGCAAAGUCUACGUAGACAGUGCCUUAAGUGUAACUUUUUGAAUGAAAACUCAAAGAUUUGCUUUAAGAUCAUUCAUGUAGAUUCACGCUACGCCAUAUACAAUUAGGGACUUGCCGGACAGAGCUAUAUAGCCUGAAAUCUUGAAUGAAAAGUUCUUGUGUUCAUACAAAACUGUAGACCUAUGUGUACAGUAUAGCGUGAAUCCUUCUUUAAAGCAAUACAAUGUUAUUAAUAAAAUUAUUCUAGUGAAACAUUAUGGAAGAUUUUACCAGAGUUUUUUAUCAAGUCCCAAAUAACAAAGCUCUUAAAACGAAACCAGUUUCCUACUCAAAAUCUCACAUUUAAGACACGAAAUUGUGAUCAGUAUUAAAACGUUACCAUUUCAUAAAGAUCAUAUUCCGGCCGUCAGUGCAAAGUGGCAAAACCAUUUUCUUUCAAAAUUGAGUUGAGCAUAUCAAUAUCCUCAUAAUCCUUGACCACCUAUCUCAAUUCUCUACAAUAAGGCUUUUCGGAAAAACCACUUUCUCUCUGACUGCCACUAUCAUACCAUAUCAUAUUCUACUUGAUAAGCAAUUGUAAAGUUUCUGUUAUAGCAAUUGGUUUUCUAUUAUGUACUAAAAAAGUUAUGUCUCUCUAUUUAUUAACAAAGACUAAAUGAAAAAGAUAAGAUGCCCUCGACGACGAACAUUCGUUAUAGCUUGUUUUUACAUAAUUAUUUUGAAUGUUUUCAUUAUGUAAUUAUAGUAAGAACAAUAUACUAUAGUAUGUUUAAAUGUAGGUACCUUUUGACUCGAUUGUCAUACUAUGUGAUUCAGCAUAAAGUAUGCCAAAUUAUGAAACGGCGAUUAUCUUUUCGGAUAAAUUUACGAAACACGAAAUCGAUUUAUCGCAUUGAUUUUAUAA